AUGCCGCAGUGCCUGGUCUAUCAGCCAACUCUCUCUCUCUCUCCACCUUUGGAACAAUAUCUCAACCGUCAGGGUUUGGACUGUCUCAAUCAGCAACGAUUCCAGAGAUCCGAAGUUGAAAAAACUGAUAGCGAGUCCCAACUAGAAGAGGAUGAGCAAUUUGCCAGAGCUCUACAAGAAAGCUUGAAUUUUGAGACUCCACCACCCGACAUGAAAAUGGAAGCAGAAGCGGAAAUGGACUCAUUCUUCAGCCUAUACCUUUCCCCUAUUCAACACGAUUCAGGGACAAAUAAUGCUGAAAGCAGCUCCCCUGAGGAAGAAGGGGAAGAUGAAGAUGCUGAGAAAGGAGAAGAUGAGAAAAAAUCCAAGACCAAGAAAAUGAAGGAAACAACAUAUGAGUGGGAGCCUUGGAACGAUGUGAAAACUAUAUGCGUGCGGAAUCCAAUGGAAGUUAUUGCCAAUGAUUCAGAUGCUCACCUUUGA